ACCUGCGCAGUAAAAUACCUGCAUAGUUCCGGUUGAUAAAAGAAGCUUAUACUUUGUCUAAGGAAUCACGCCCAAGUAUGACUCUUACGCAAGCCGAAUUAACAGAGGAACUAAAGCAGGUCUAUGCUCUCUUCGAUUACGACAACGAUGGAGCAAUAAACAAAACUGAAUUACCCAUUGUUCUCCGAUCGGUAGGUUUAAACCCAAGCGAAUCGGAAUUAAAGAAUCUCGAAAAGGGCUUGGAUCAAAUCGGUCAAAAAGCUACGGUUCAGCAACUCGUUCAAAUAAUAGGACCAGACCCGAAUAAAUACGUGACUAAUGAGAAAGAUCUACAGGACGCUCUGAGCAUUUUUGAUAAGAGAGGGGAUGGUGUAAUCUCCACAGGCGACUUAAAGCAUUCCCUUACAACAAUGGCCGAACGUCUGAAAGAUGAAAAUAUCGAAGAACUAAUUCGAGUUGUUGACCCUAACUUGGAGGGUACAGUCCCCAUCAUGGAUAUUGUGAAGGAGUUGAAAAGAAAAUAG